CCCACAGAGCUCUAUGGGAUGCACUUAUAAUAUAAGUGACACACAUCCGUUCAGCUAAGGAAGAGAGAGGCAGCGUCUCACAGACUGGUCCCAUAAAACUGUAAAUAUCGACGUAAUCUCGACAAAUUCUGGAUUGUUAUAUACCUGAACAGGAGUGAUGCGCGUUCCACAGGAGGCCAUUUGAUCCAUGAGGAAGACGGAAGACUGAUCACCCAAAAUGAAAAUAUGAGGCCAGUGCUUGAGUGAGGUGUCGGUGUGCCAGUGAUGUGCCAUGGGGUACGACGUCACCAGGUUCCAGGGGGAAGUGGAUGAGGAUCUGCUUUGUCCCAUUUGCAGCGGAGUGCUGGAGGAGCCAGUGCAGGCCCCUCAUUGUGAGCAUGCCUUCUGCAAUGCUUGCAUCACGCAGUGGUUUGCGCAGCAGCAAAUUUGCCCGGUGGACCGCACUGUGGUGACCCUCGCCCACCUCCGGCCUGUGCCCCGCAUCAUGCGAAACAUGCUGUCCAAGCUGCAGAUCUCGUGUGAUAACGCAGGUUUUGGCUGCACCGCGACGCUGCGCCUCGACCAGCUGCAGUCGCACCUAAAGGACUGCGAACACAACCCCAAACGGCCCGUCACCUGCGAGGAGGGCUGCGGGCUUGAGAUGCCCAAAGACGAGAUGCCAAACCACAACUGCAUCAAACACCUGCGCAGCGUCGUGCAGCAGCAGCAGACCAAGAUCGCAGACCUGGAGAAGACAGCAGCUGAGCACAAGCACCAGCUGGCUGAGCAGAAACGGGAUAUCCAGCUCCUCAAAGCGUACAUGAGGGCCAUCCGCAGCGCAAACCCCAACCUGCAGAACCUGGAGGAGACCAUAGAAUACAACGAGAUCCUGGAGUGGGUGAACUCCCUGCAGCCUGCCCGGGUGACGCGCUGGGGAGGAAUGAUCUCCACGCCUGACGCCGUCCUCCAGGCAGUCAUCAAACGUUCCCUCAUCGACAGCGGCUGCCCGCUGUCCAUUGUCAACGACCUCAUCGAGAACGCCCACGAGCGCAACUGGCCGCAGGGCCUGGCCACCCUGGAGACGCGGCAGAUGAACCGCCGCUACUAUGAGAACUAUGUGGCCAAGCGUAUCCCGGGCAAGCAGGCGGUGGUGGUGAUGGCCUGCGAGAACCAGCACAUGGGUGAGGAUAUGAUCCUGGAGCCGGGCUUGGUGAUGAUCUUUGCCCAUGGAGUGGAGGAGAUCUUAUAGUGGGUACUGAAGGAGGGAGAUGGGUGAAUUGGGGGAAAUAUGGAAUAUUGACUUGACUGGCUUAAGGGGAUUCAACUGUGAGUCAAUAUCCCCUCUAAAAUAGACCACAAAACAAAAGAACUAAAGUCCUAAUUCAGAUCCAGUGUCGGGAUGGACCUGCCACUCUUUACCUCAUAUUUAAAAGAAGUAUACAGUACUUAACAUGGGAUAAAAUAGUAUAUAUAUUAUAUGAAGGAACAGAAUCAACUGUGAGCUGAAGAUGGAAACAAACAAACUCCAGCUCCUCCUCUUCCUGUUCUUAUUGCCUUAAAAGGAACGUUCUAGAAAAAGUGGACCCUGAAGAAAAAGAAGAACCAGUUCUGAUAAAUAUUCAUGAUAUAUACUGAUGAUAUAAAGAAGUUUUAUCGUCAAUGCUGACAUAUUAAAUUGAAGUGAUUGUCUGUUUAGCCCUUUGCCACUUAAUGCUGUCUCUCAUGGACGGAUGAGAAAAAUGCCCAGUCCCCUAUCAUGCUUCACUAAUGUAAAUGGUCUAAUGUUCUUUGUAAAUAUUGAAGAUAAAGAAUUAUAAACAUAUAUGCUGUCUAUUCUUGGUAUAAUAGAUUAGUUAAUUUUUUUUCCCCCUUAAAAAUUUCUCCCCUCUUCCCCCUGAUUUUGAGUCAUGUGCUUAUUAGUUACCGUGAAUCUCGUGGCCCCUUUUUGCUUAAAGCCCUAAUUAGAACUGCUGCACAGAUGAUUGCUUCUGAAUUACAGCUUAAUCGUAUAUAAUGGGUACUGUAACCAUUUACUCUACUGGCUGCUGGUAAAUUUAAUGCAAGUCUGAAGCGACCGUGACACUGCUUUGGCAGUUCCUAAUUAAGGCUUUGAGGUGCAUUUGAGCUACGUUCACAUAGCGGGUAAAAAUGGCACAAAUUUGUUUUUCUCACCCAAUCCGAAAAAUUUUAUUUAUUUAGUUUUUUUUGACUGUUCGCACUUAAUCUUGUCUUGUUAAUGUGACGUAUGUGAUACAUUUCUUUGAACAGUUCACAAUCCUAAACUGACGCUCAUGCUCAAACGCGCAAUGCUUCACAUGAAGUUUUGGUUUCAUUUUGUCCAGCGUUACAGGAGACAACAAUGACUUCCCAUGGCAACAGCUGGACUUCUUACGAAGAGUGACUUUUUUUUUUUUUUUUUGCCACAUCUGCUUACUUAGUUAGUGUUUCUUAAAACGAUUUGUUUUUGUUUAAGACUUGUUCCUGCAGCUAUGCCCUGCUGUGGCCUCAAUUGGCCAUUUCUUUCAUGCUUUCUAAUUUAAUUUGAACUGAAACAUCAGUUCUUAUAUUUAAGGCAUAACCUCACUGAAUCCCUCACUUACUUCUGUUGUCUAUUUUAUUAUCCUUUUCAUCUCAGCAAAUAUGAUGAUGUAAAAGUUGCAUAAAUUCUGAGUCACAUUGUCGUAAUCAGAAUAUGUAUUUAAUUUAAUACCACAUGUAAAAGUGACCCAAAAAAUGAACUGAUUUUGCUGUUCACACUGCCACACAGAAAACACACGUGAGCGACAACAUAGAAGUUGGCCUGUUUUUUACCUGCUGUUUGAACGUAGCCAUACUGACCUGGGCCUGUAUUUAUAUAUUCAUUAUUAUUUACGGAAAACAGAUCCUAGAUCAGUACCGCUUUGUGAAUACAGGCCCAGGCCAGAUAAAGCAGUCUGUACUCUUUAUCUGCACAGCAGAGGUGAUGGACUGAUGUAAAAAGUAACAUCUUCAGCAGCUGCAGUUUUUCUUCAGCAGAGUUUCUGCUGACAGUUUGUGGGGAAAAUGAAACAAGCCUCGAACAAGAUCCAGGAAAUAUCUGAGGGAAAUCGAAUCACUUGGUUGUUAACAGUGUGUGUGGAGACCACAAUUGUUUUACGCCUUGGCUCAGGCUCCAGCUUAAACCACAAUAAAAAAACAUUACAAACCGCAGUGUUGGGACACCUGACCCCCAUUACUUUCCUCUCGCUUGUCUCUUGAUUCCUGCAGAUCUUGAGGGCUCUGCCUGAUUGAGCAGCUCAUGUUCAGAUGAGUGGUUCCUGAGCGUUUACUGUAAUCCGCAGAUCGGAUCAGAUCUGAAUAAUGGCCCGUUGUGGCUUUGUCAAGUCAUGCACCGAAUAUUUGACAGCAGAAGGUAUUUGGCUGGAAAAGGCAAAAAAGCACUUUCAGUAUUAGGCCGAAUUAGUUUACCACUUAUAAUUGAUUGAUAGCCAUUUAUAUGGUUGAUACCAUUUAGAAUUGAAUUAAAGAAUAUUAGCAGAAAUUAUAGUUUUGUAUUUGCAUUUUCUUCAAAAACCUUGUUCGGUAUUUGGUGUUUUGACUUUCGUCCAGAUAUUUCAAUAUUUCAAAUGUUCCAAAAGUGACAGGAGAUAAAAUGUAAAAAUCUAACCAUACCUGUGCUGUGCAGAUUUUUUUUAUUAUUAUUAUUUAUGUGUGUUUUUCGGCAACUCAGUGUUUAGGGCUUUUUUUUUUUUGCUUGCUUUUAUUUUGUGCAAUUCUUUCCUCUGUUGAGGAAUAGUGAUUGAUUUUGAGAAAUUAUUCUGCAUAUAUAUGUUUUGUCUUGAUAUUUUUUGUCUUCUGUACAUAGUUGAUUUUAAAGAAAAAGGGUCUGGUGUAACUUUUGUGCUGCCGUGUUGCUGUCUUUAUUUUUUUAUUUUAAUUUUUGUUUCCCUCUUCUUCCCUCUCUCUUUACCUUUCCACCUUCUUCUCAACCAACCAAAGUGUUUGUGUUCUUGUGAUUUACGUCUUUUGUGGGUUUCUUUUUGUCGUGCUUUUGUUCUGCAGAAAUAUCAAUAUGAACUGACGGAUGUUGUCUCACUAUAGUUUUAUUUUUUUCCCCUUUUUUUGUUUGCGCCCAAAUGCCCAGAGUGAUUUUUAUGGUAUCCACUUUUAAAUGCUCCAGAUUAGCUUAGCUAGCAAGUGCAUAACAACAAACAGGUCAUUGAAUGUUUCUGCUCAGCUCUAAUCAAAAAAUUAACUAUAUGUGUGUGGGGAACGUGUGGCUGCAUAUUGCUGCAGACUUUGCCUUAUAAAAGCUGUGCUCUUGUUCAAAACAGUACACAUGUAUAUUUGACCCUUUUUCUCGUUGGAAAGGGGGCACUACGUACAUAGCUAACUCAGUUAUAUUGCUACUUCAGGUCUGUACAUCAACUGUUCCAUGAGUUCUGGCAGCCUGGCUGCAGAUUUCACGUUUUAAAGGCAUGCGUGUUCACGUUCAAGUCAUAUUUGUCUCAUAUUCUGGUAUUUUAACCAACGGCAAAGUGUAAAACUACACUGAUAUUUCACUGUUUGUGUCUGUCUGAUUAUCUGAUUAUGCUCCACUGAAGUUGGAAGUGUGUAUAAGUAUCACAGAUUGGAACAUGCUACAUUUUAUAUUCUUUCAGUCAAUACAGAUUCAGCAAGUCCUGAACUGACGGUAUAAAGAUUUUUGGCUUGUGUUCAGACUGCAAGCAAUUCAGAUUUUUUUCCCCCUCAAAUCAGGUCUAUUGAGAUGGUUGUCUGCACUUUUAUUUUCUAGAGAUCUGUUAACAUACUGUCUGUAUUUUUUUUUUAAUUAAUCAGAUCAGAUUAACAGUUAUCUUGACAUCUGAUUUGAAAAGAAAUCCAAUCUGUUGAGAUUACUGUAUCUUUUGAUCUAAUCUCUUGCAAAUAAAAAUGCAAAUAAGUGUUAACAUUGUUUGCAGCAAUAAGUCUUCAGCACCUAUUUUGUGGCGCUUUUCUUGGACCUCUGCACUUCAACCAGUUUAGAUUUGAUAGGUUCAUUGUUUGUUUGUUGCUUUGAGUGACGCAAAAGACACUUUGAAUUCCGAUCAGCCAGACUGAGACAUCUGUAUGAAUCUAACUGUAAUUGCUUUUCAAAAAAACUUGCAUCCAAAUAUGGGUUUGCAAGAAUCUGAUUUCAUUGUGUUCUGGCUGUUUAGACUUUAAAUAAAAAAUAAUCUGGAUUCAGUCUAGAUUUGCCACAAAUCUGAUUGAAGCCUGAGUUGUGCUGGCAGUCUGAAAAUUGCCUUAGAUAAAAUGUUUUUUUUUUUUUUUUUUUUUUCCCCCGCUUUUUUAAUUGUGUGAUUUUGUUACAGGAGAAUUUCAUAAGACCUGCAGAACUGCUUUAGGCCUGCAGGAAUGAUCUUGUGAUGUUCAUGUCUUGUCUUGUCGGAGGUGAACCGUUGGGUUGGGAAGACUCUUUAUCACCGUGCAGUGUCUUCUUUUGUGGAUGUGGUGCUUUUUUUUUUUUUUUUUAUCCCUCUUUUAUUUGUUGCUUAAUUGGUCGUCUUUUCUUCUGGCUUUUGUGCUGUGGAAUAUUGACACUAUUAAUAAACAGCAAUGUUUAUUUCAGAACAUA